CGCUACAGGCACGUUGUUCUUGUGCCCUAUGGAAGGAGCUCGUUCCAGUUUGAAGACCCGACGCAGAGACCGCCACGUGGGUACUCGAACAUCCUUGGGGGCCUACUUAGAUGGUAUUUCCCUGGGAUAGUCAAUUUCCCUACUGGUGGCUGCGACGUAGCUUGGAGGUGGGCGCACUACAGCCUCGCGGAAGAUCCUCUUGGCCGCGGCACCGCGGCGGAUAUGGUUGUUGCCAAAUUCUGGAAAUACUUCAAGAGGGCCGAGGGCAAGGAGAAUGCGUGCGAUGAUGUCCUACACCAGCUUGCAAGGAAGAGGGUGACUGGCAUGCACUACGAGGCACGUAUUCAAUGCGUCCGCGACUGGCACGCCGACCGCUUCGUCCACAUGAGUAAGGAGGACGCUCGCGACACGCUCAUGCAGCCGUGGCAGUACUUGCAGAACCCUCCUCAGUACGUCGGCAACGACGAUAGGUGCUUUCGUGCGAUGGUCAUGUGGUGGACAUGCCCCCAGUACCUCAAGAAGCACGAGGAGGGCAAGGAGAAGCGGGCAGAGAUGCGAGGUGGAUCGCAUAUCCAAGGCAGCAUCCCCAUCUCUCUUCACCUGCAGAAGGAGGAAGUCAGGACAGGAGCGAAGCCUAACGUCUUUGCCGUGCUAAAGAAGAUGAAGCAAAGGAAGACGCCUGAUCCUGAGACGGGGUCCGUGUGGGUUAACCCGCAAUCCGAGACCCAGUGCACGUCGUAUGUCUCCAAGUUCAAGCAGAAGUACGGCGAGGAGGCCAAUCCAGAGGCCGAGGACUUUGACCCUGAGGUCGCGGUGCUUGCGGGAGAAGGCUUGAAGCAUGGCCGCCUAUGGUUUGGUGACGGGUGCGUCGACCCAGCGAGGGUUCCCUCUCUCCGCCAGAUCCGUCGUGGUCGUAAGAGCGGCCAGCCUGAGGUAGAGCCCCGGCCACGGGCUUCGGAUCUAGCUGUCGAGCGGUUACGGGAGGAGAUGGCAGCGAAGGAGCAGGCGGCCCAGGAGCAAAGGGCGCAGAUGGAGCAGCAGAUUCUGCAGUACCGGCAGCAGCAGACACACGAUGAUGCAGCAGAUCCGCGCGGGCCAAAAUCCCCAAUUCCCCUCACACCCUUCGUCACGCCGUCGCGCGAGCACGCCAUCGCGCCGCCGUCGGACGUCCACGCCGUCGCGCACACCACGCCGUCGCCGCCGUCCGUCGUCAGCACCACGUCGUCGCCGUUGCCGUCGUCCGCGCGCAGCACCUGCAGGUACCUCCCCUCCCUCCACCUCUCCUCCCUCCGCCUCGGCGCCGGCAGGUACUUCUCCUCCCUCCGCCUCGUCCCCGGCUCGCUGGUGCGCUGCUCCCUCCUUGUCCUGCCCCUCGCCCGCGGCCGCAGGUCCCCUGCAUCGCCAAAAAUGGAGUCUCGCUGGUGCGCCGCUCCCUCCGCCUCGGCGCCGGCCAGGUCACGCCCACGGUGUGUUCGACCCAAUGCCGCGGGCGCGGGCGGCGCGUUGUGGAGCGCCUCGUCGCGUUCUGGGCGAGCAGGGACUUGGCGCGUGUGGGUGGCGCACGGCCUGGGAUGCGUGUGGGUGGCUGGUGGAGCUCGUGCGCUGAACGUGGGCUGGUGGGAGGAUGAGGCGGCGUGGAGCGGCUCGGUGGCUUGA